AUUUAUAUGGUUUAGUCUUUCAUAAUUUAACAUUAGUUUUUAAGUAAUUAAAAUGUCACUUGUGUGGGCAUGAGCAGUUUAGUUCGGGCAAGAAAAGCUUUAUGAAAUUGGAACAAUAUUUAUAUAACUGAAUACAUUUAAGGUGUAGCUAAAGGGGUUUCGUUCAGGCGCAUGCGCUCCUCAGACCCGUCCGGGCUCCACUUUGACUUCUGACAACAUUUGAGCGACAGUUUGCGAUGCGUCAUUAUUGCUGUUCAAAGCAGCGCGUGGAAGAGAGGAGAAGAAAGUGAAGCGCGUGACUGAAAGUAAAGAGCGCGUGCGUGCUAAAAAGGAGCUCCCGCCACAUGUCAAUCAAACUCAAGGCAGGUGCGCGGCUGAGAGAGAGAGAGAGAGAGAGAGAGAGAGAGAGAGAGAGAGAGAGAGUGGGAGGGGGAAAGGGGCGGAUUAGGACGGCGCGCGGUGUCUGUGAAGAUAAAGCCGGCGGGAAGCACGCGCUGUAUUCACAUCUCAGGCGCUCGCUCACUCCGAAGCUGAAGAAUUAAAGAGUUCACGAGUUUUUGGGAUAUUAUUAGCUGUUCAUCCGAAAAAAACAAUGAGUUUUUUGAAAGAGGCUUCGAUAAAUCGAUUUGUUUUGUGACAGGACGACCGCUUUUGGAGGCGUUGUGGAGUUACUCCGAAAACUGAAAGAUUGUUCUAAAACAAUUCCUUGAAGAAUGGACAAGACCCUUCUUUCAAGCUCCACUGACAUCAUGAUGACAAGCUCAACAGGCUCUUUUCAACAGGAGUCUCUCACUCCUCCCAGACCUGCACACCUUCAUUCUUCAUCCUCCUCUUUAUCCUCUCCUUCUCCUUCCUCUUCCUCCUCACCCCUCAAACCCAACCAGGUCGGUCAGGUUAUCCUCUACGGAGUUCCUAUUGUGUCUCUUGUCAUCGAUAACAUUGAGAGACUUUGUUUGGCUCAGAUUUCCAACACGCUGCUGAAAAACUACAGCUAUAAUGAGAUUCAUAAUCGGCGUGUCGCACUAGGAAUCACCUGUGUUCAGUGCACUCCGGUUCAGCUGGAAAUCCUCAGAAGGGCUGGUGCCAUGCCCAUCUCAUCACGCCGCUGCGGCAUGAUCACCAAGCGUGAAGCCGAGCGCCUGUGCAAGUCCUUCCUGGGAGAAAACGCGCCGCCAAAACUGCCUGACAACUUCGCCUUUGAUGUAACGCAUGAGUGCGCCUGGGGUUGUCGUGGUAACUUUAUACCAGCGCGCUACAACAGCUCAAGGGCCAAAUGCAUCAAGUGCUCCUUCUGCAACAUGUACUUCUCCCCAAACAAGUUUAUUUUUCAUUCCCACCGCACACCAGACGCCAAGUACACCCAGCCCGAUGCAGCUAACUUCAACUCCUGGCGGCGGCACCUGAAGCUGUCUGACAAACAUCCAGCUGACGAGCUGGUCUACGCGUGGGAAGACGUCAAAGCUAUGUUCAACGGAGGCAGUAGAAAGAGGGCGCUUCCCUCUUCAGCACAGUGUUCGUCGAUGGGCCCCAUGAAGUCUCUUCCGGGUUCGGUGGUCCCCCACAUGAUCGGACCUGACCUCGGUGGUCAGAAAAGAGGCCGUUUUGAGGAUGAAGAUGAUCUUGAUGGAGACAGUUUGUCUCCCCGCAAGACACCACGCAGCUACCCUGUCAUCCCAGUUCCAAGCAAAGGCUUUGGCAUGUUGCAGAAGUUCCCUCCCACCUCUCUUUUCCCUUCCCCUUAUCCCUUUCCUACGUUUGGUCUCUGUCAGCAAAAAAAAGAGGACAGUGAUGUUGCUGCUGGCCAGAAAGGACCGGGUCUAUCAGGACUUUUAUGGCCUGGCCGCAAAGACACUUUUUAUCCUCCUUUCUGCAUGUUCUGGCCACCGAGAGCGGCGGGAGGAAUCCCUGUUCCCACCUACCUGCAGCCUCAGCCCAGCACCCUCUCCUCCCUGACUGACAACCCGUCUCUCAGACAGGCGUUUCUGGACCUGUCCGACCCCAGCGAGCCCGGCGCUGUAAGCGGCAACGGAAACGGUGUGAGUGCAAACAUGACACCCAGCAGCAUGACCACCAGAUCUGGACUGUUUGACCCCGAGUGUUCGGCGGUUCCCCCCGAACUCCGGCCCGUCACAUCGGAGGGAUGGCUUAAGCUGCUGGACAACACGAGCUUCCAGACACGGAAGCCGAGCUACGGCUCCGCCUUCCGCCCCGUUGUCAAAGACGCAGAGAGCAUCGCUAAGCUCCACGGCAACAGCGGAGGAGUCGGUGGGGCCGCGGAUGAAGACUUUGGCGAGGUUGGUGCCGGUUCAGACCAACAUCAGCGACUGUCGCCCACCAGCAGCUGCAGCUAUGGGUCUGAAAGUGGAGGGGACGGAGAAGCGGAGGGAGCAGACAGUGAGGAGGAGGGGGAAGUGGAUGUGGAAUCUUCUAAGCAGGAAGAGGAGGAAGAGGAAGAAACGGCCUUCUCGAGAAGGACGCCACAGACUCAGACGAACAUGUACCUCUCUGCGCUGAGUGAGAGCACUGGAGAGGAACGGGGAAAGGAUAGAGGGAGUGGCGCGGCGUAUCCUGGCACCUCCCCUCAGUCCUCCUCGAAUCCCGUCCUACAGGACUCCCCGAGCCUACCUGCCUCUCCUCGGGCCAGCUUGCCUCUCUCCAGCUCGACCCCGCCUCACCGAGAUGACACAGCUUACAAAAACGUUCAGAAAAACAGAGAUGAAGGACUGCCCGCGUAUGCAACCAAAGACACUUCAAGCACUUCAGAUGAAAACAAAGACCAGAGCAGUUUCUUUGUGCCCGAAAGUGAGACGAUGGCGCCGGACUAUUGGAGGGAGAGCUCAGGUGAUCAGUGCCGAGGUGCAGGUUCUCCUGUUCCUUUAAAAAAAGACGUGGAGAACAUGGAGAAAGAAGAGCUUCAGAAGGUUUUGCUGGAGCAGAUCGACUUCAGGAGAAGACUUGAGCAAGAGUUUCACGCUCUGAAGGGAACCUCCCCGUUUCCUGUAUUCCAUAAUUUUCAGGAUCAGAUGAAACGAGAGCUCGCCUACAGAGAGGAAAUGGUCCAGCAAUUACAGAUGAUUCCUUACGCAAACAUCCUCAGAAAAGAAAAGAUCAACUCCCAUCUUAGCAAGUAGCAAAAAGGUUGACUCCAUGUCUUUGAAGAGAGGAGCUACUUGAACUUUCCACAAAAAUCUAUUUGUUUUCAUUUUUUACAUGAGGAAGAACUACAGAAGUAAAAAAAGCCAAUAAAAAGGAACACAACAGCAUUAUUUACAUUCUAGAACAACAAAUAUGUCAUCUUGAACAUGUGUUCAGGUGUACAAACUGCUCAUACCUCUACCAGCAAAGAGGUGAAACAAUGCAGUAUCAUUCUUUUCUUUCUAAAUUGACUGAAAUACAGAGAUUCAUCAGGUGUAAUCCUGGUCUAGCUCCUACAAUCUACUGUCAAAAUCCAUCCAGGACCAAAGGAAUCCCGUCCUCCGUCAGCCUCUGUGAACUCUAAAGAUUAAGGGCCGACCAGAAGGCAGCUACUGAUGUCAGAAAGUAAUAAGAAGUGGUUAUUUUCUAUUGUUUGCACUGCUGUUGGCUUUCACACGUGAACGCCGGCCUGCAGAUGCACUGAUGUCAACACACUGGCGCCCUGAAGACAACACUCUGGUUUUUUUUUUAAUCAUUUGAUCCCAAAGAGAUUUUUCCAGUGGCGUGAAGUUGUGACUCUUUCCUGUCUACAUGAAUCAUCACCACCAACUAUUAACUUCCUACACAUGACUGUUAGUUGUCUUUAGCGUGGAAACAGAAGGUCAAGAACAGAAGAAAAUGAAGUCAGAGCAGAUAGUGGUGAUGAUCGAGCCUGUAAUGAGGAGGCCCUAAGGCUAAUGGUGCAUGGAGAACAGUGUAAAUGCAGAGUGCUUUCACAAAACGUUCACUCUGUCCUUUAAAUGCAGAUCUUACUGCAAUGUUUUUUUUUUGUUUUUUUUUGCACAUGGAAAGAAAUUAGUUGACCUCAAACUGUAUCGAGAGCAGCUGGACUUUUGCUAAGAAUUUCACUGACACAACUUUUUAUCCUCCAGAAAAAGAAAAAACAAUUGCAGCAAAAUCAACCCUCCGUAUUCACAAA